CCACCCCACCAUUUUCAGUCUCAUACCCCGCCCACCACCCCUCCCCCGGCGUUUAUAUCUCCUCUUCCCACUCGUGUUUAUCUCCUCCUCCGUCCCCCCAAAACUUUCUCUCUCUAUCUGUAUACGUAUAUAUUUGUCUCCCUACUUUUCGAUUUCAGCAGGGAAGGAUGUGGUAAGAAGUUUUAAUUACUUGAAAGGAUCUCCAAAACAUUGAUGACUCUAUGCGGGUCUGGAGUUGGUUGCUCGGCUGGGGUGGGUGGCGCAGGUUUGUCGACUGUCAACCCCUGCACGCCGGCAGCCGUCCAAGAUUCACCGGCCGACGGCAUCAAUAGCAACAUUGGCAAUUUUCAGAAUUAUACUUUAAAAACAAACUUCUGGGUUGGAAUUUGGUAUAAUGGAGGUCACGGACCGAGAGAAUUACUUAGGAGAGGGUGUUAUUGAGGGCUAUUCACAAAAAUCCAAUGACAUUGAUGAACAUGAAGAUCACUAUGCUUCUGCGUCUUCUUCCAAGUCGCAAUUCAGGAAAGUGGCAUUGAAGGCUCGCUGGAGUGAUGAGACGGGCAUGGCUGAGGUUGUAGAUAAAAGGGGUACAAUUUGGAGGACCACGGGAAUUGUUCGUAGUAGCAAGCUCUAUUUCUCCAUUGAGGAAGUUUUGUUUUUGAUUGAAAUAGGGGCUUUGCUUCUUAUGGACGAUGGUGAUAUUAGCCUUUCCUUGGAAGACAUGUAUGUGAAGAUUUCAAAUGGAAAGCACGGGUGCAGUUGGGAGGAAUUUCAAGCUUAUAGUCAACUCAAAUCUCUUGGUUACAUUGUUGGGCGACAUGGUGUCCCCUGGUCUAUGAAGAUUGUGAAGAGUAAUCAUGAAUCUGUUUCUUCUUACAGUUGCCGUGGCAAUGAUGAGGCAGUGGACUUGGAUUCAGAAGAGUCUAGGUCUGUGUUUGGAUUGUUCAAUGAGAUGCAAAUUGAUGAAGCAAGGCUGGUUUUUGAUGUUUAUCUCCCAAACAGCAAGUUCAGGAAGUCUUCUCCUGGUGACCCAAGUUUUGUGCUCUGCUUUACCAGGGGUCAUCCACCAUCCAAAGCAGACCUAGAAGCCCUCGAGAGACGAUGCAGGAACAUUCCCGUGAAGGUUUGUCAUGUGGAGCAGGGGGGUGUGAGUUUAUUUUCCUUUGACAAGGUGGAACUUCCAAUUCUUCCUUGAUACCUGGAUUUGGUGAUGUUUUAUAUUACACGAGUCGACGCUACACCAACAACAUAUUAACAUCAAUCUUUGCUAAAAGCAUAUUUGUAUUCUUCAAGUUACUCGAAGCAGAUCCUGCAUUGUUUUUGUACAACUUGUCUACUUUUGCUAAUCUCCUCAGUUCAACAUAGGUUUAUUCAUUUGAUCCCCAAAAUAAGAAGAGAGGCUCUUUUCAUA